AGCUGUCGGAAAGUAGUAAGACCCUAAAAACAAUAACAACAAUGGCGUCAACUACACGUAUUGAGAUAAACUUUAACAGAUUAUUAGGACAAUGCCAGAUAAUGGCAGAAGAUAAAGAGAAUAGAGAUUGGCGUUUUGAAAAGUAUAUUGGCGCACUGCAAAACCUGCUGUCAGAAGUCAGGAAGUCACAGAGUAAACCUUCUCAGGAAACUUUGUUAGAAUACCAGAAAAAGGUCGACCUUCUCAAAGGGCUGGCGGAAGCAGAAAAGCAGCCGUGUGUAGCAGAGAGAUCAUUCAUCACAGACAAGCUCAAGCCUGUCAGCAUCAACAGUCCCUCAGCUCGUCAACUCCAGGUCAAGGCUAAAUCUAAAUGUGAACAAGAUGUCAGAGACGAGCUUCUGGGGAGGUCAAGGUCAGAUAACUCAGUAGUUGUGAAGAACGGCCACAAACCUGCCUCAGAGGAGGAUGACAUCAACACCAUCAUGCACCACCAUCACAGGCUGCAGGAAAAAUUGGCAGAGGAAAUGUUGUUCCACACUCAAGCUCUCAGGAGGAAUAUAUCAGAUGCUGGGAGGGUGGUCCGUGAGGAUACAAAGAAAAUAGCAGAAAGCACACAGCUAGCUGAUGUAAACAUGAGCAAGUUGAAGGUGGAGAGUGAGCGCCUUGAAGCCCACACCAAGACUUGCUCCUGGUGGAUCUGGGUCAUGUUAGUUCUUGUCAUGGUUACUUUUGUUUGUAUGGUGCUCUUUAUGAGAAUAUUUUCUAAAUAAACAUGUUAUCACUUG